UUAUAAAUAUAAAAUUAAUAUGUUGUGAUUGUCCGUAUUUUUAAUUGUUGUAUUAUUAGUAGAAGCUAAUUGUGGAAAUGUUGGACACGUCCCCUGAAGAUGAAGACUUCCCUGGACGCUUAUUACAUCAGGCGGCAUUAUGGGAUAAUACAGAGUUACUGGAAGAUCUCCUAGCAGGUGGUCAACAAUCAUUUAUAAAUUCCCAAGAUAGCUGGGGCAGAACACCCUUACAUGCUGGUGCAAUCACGGAAAAUUCUAGGUGCUUGCAAAUAUUACUGAAUGCAGGGGCUGACCCAAAUGUUCGGUGUGGUCCUAGGGGUGAUAACAAGACUCCACUGCAUUUAAGUGCUGAACAUGGUCAUUGUUCAAACAUUUCUAUGUUGUUGGAACACAAUGCCAAUCUUUUGAUGAGAGAUUCCAAUGGCCUGACAGCUGCAGACUUGGCUGAUAAAUGUGGACAUUCAAAAGCUGUUGAUCUCCUCAAAAAUGCUGCAAAUGAAAAAGAGAAAGCCAGACUGGACAUCCACGCGGCGAUACGGGACGCUUGCAGCCAGGGAGACACAAAUUCCGUGCAGCAGCUCAUAUCGUCGCUGUCGGACGAUGCGGAGCUCAUCGUCAAUAUGGCCCCCAGUGGGGCCAACACCCUGCUAUUCACUGCCUGCCAGGUCGGCAACAGGAAAAUCGUAAAAACAUUGCUGGACUUCGGUGCAGACGGCAGGCUCCACUCUGUCACCAGAUACUCGCCGCUGUACAUCGCCUGUUACCACGGCCACCGGGACAUUGUCGAGCUGCUCCUGCUCAAGUUCCCGGAAUUGGUGCAGCAACACACUGUAGAGCGUUGGCUUCCGAUUCACGCCUGCUGUAUUAACGGCCAUGUAGCAGUUUUAGAACUACUCUUCCAUUUUCCAUAUCCAUCUCAUAUACAACGAAAAUUUAGAGAUAUAACGGAACAGUGGGAAUAUUAUAUGCCAUUCGAUAUUAAUGAACGCGACGCCACAGGUCAAAACAUACUCUAUGUAGCUAGUGUAUUGGGAAAUAAGAAACUCGUAGAUGUAAUAUUGAAAUUUAAAGUAAAGGCCACUCGUAUAGAACCCAGUGACGAAAUUACUCCCAGUUCGGAGAGUAAUCUAAUUCUCAGCCCAGUUAAGCGACGAAUAUCAGAUGGAAUACAGUCAAUUAUGUCUAAACUAAAUUUGUCCAAAGAAAACUCUUUCGACAAUGACACGGAUUCACUGCUUAUCUGUCCCUUACGGAUUGAUAUGUAUUGUAAUAAUAACACGGAAACGGCGUUACAUGCAGCAAUAAAAGGAAAACAUUAUGAUAUUGCCCUGGCUUUACUUAAAGCAGGGGCCAGUGCCAACACAGUCAUCAAAGCAUAUCAUGACAUUAAUGAUACACUGGCUUGUUGUUCAGUGGAGGAAGACUCCAAUUAUGGUCAGUCCAGCGGUCUGGUUGAGGCUUGUAAAAACCGUGACGUCCCAAUAGUGGACUUGUUGCUUAAGUACGGCGCCAGAGAUGAUGAAUGCAAAGCUUUAGCCGUGGCCGUGGCGAAUAAAGAUGAAACUUUAAUCCCAAAAUUAUUAUCCACCAAGGCCCACCCAGAUCCCGAGUACAAAAUCAACAAAAAGGCCAUGACUGAAAACAUAAAUUCCUCCCAGUUCACCAUUUUCUCCAACGUGACCAGUCUGACCUAUAGCACCAUAUUCCCCAACACCCCCACAAUGAUAAACUGGCACAAUCAAAAGUGCGGACUGACCCAAAUUAAGACGCAAUGGCUUACGGACGCGGCUCUACAUCAAAACCCCAAAUUGAAGCAGAAUCCUCGCAGCUACGAUGUGGCGUUGUACGCAAUCACCAGGCUGGACAUUUCAAACAAUAGUCUGACUUCAGUUCCUCUGACUGUUUUCCAAUUACACAGUCUGAAGUACUUGAACAUGGCGCAAAACAAAAUCGACAAACUGCCCGUCCCGGUUGUGUCGCCGACCAAAAAAAACUACAAACGCAGGAGCAAACACGUGGAAGAACUCAAUUAUUCUUGCCCCGUUUUGGAGGAGCUGUAUUUGCAGGACAACAGGUUGGAUCACAUUCCCGAGGCCAUUUUUAGGCUGCCGUCUUUGGUGACUUUGGUUGUUUCCAACAAUAAGUUACAACAGUUGCCGUAUGUUAUGUGGUUGGCACCGAAAUUAAAAGAACUGAAUGCUGCAUUUAAUCUUCUAAAAGAUUUACCGAGUGAGAAUGAGAGUGCUAAGGAGGAGUUUGAUAAGUUAAGUGUAAGUUCUAGUGACAGUCAACUUUCUAGUCAUGCGGAGCAAGACUCUGAAUCAGACAUGUCUGAAUUUGAUAUUGAUUCUAAACUGCUUGGUUUAGAGGACACGGUGCAAGCCGUUCGGUACAAGAAAAAGGAUAGAGACUAUAGACAAAUGGAGUUAACUAAACACCACAUUUGGAGUAAAAGUGUUGAAGUAACAGAACAGAUUCUUCACAACGACGAGUCGAUAACUGAGAAGUCAUCCCAAUUAUCAGCCUUGAAUCUUGCCCAUAAUUUAUUUACAAACAUUCCCGUAGUCUUGCCAUGUCUUGCCGUUAAUCUCACAAGACUGAACAUGGCUUUUAACACCUUAAGAUCCAUGUCACACAUUACUAGUUAUCCCAGUUCUUUAAAACAGCUGGACCUUAGCCACAACCAAAUCACCGUCUGGCCCAGUUUGCCUCAAGUCGAAGCCCAGGAUAAAAUGGAACAGGCUAAUUUGAACUGUUACUCCAACAAUUUGGCAGCCAAAGGAAAAAUUCCCGAAGGUGUGAGGAGGCAGUCCAGUAGGUCGGUGCGUACAACAGUGCUUCAUUCGGUUUGCUCCCAUCGGAGGCAUUUGAAACUGGAUAAUCUACGCACGCUGAUAUUGGCCGACAAUCAGCUGCACCGCAUUCAAUUGGCUACAGACGAUGACGGCGAUUUAAGCAGCACCGAAGAUGAAGACAUGGAAAGGAAUCCGGCUGUUAGUAAAGCCCGACUUAUGUUCCCCAAUCUAUCGAUGUUGGAUGUCAGCAACAAUCUUUUGAAAGAAAUUCCUUAUAAUAUUUACGAGUUGAAUAACUUGUCUGUUUUGAAUAUCAGCGGCAAUCUAGAUAUCAACGAGCUGCCGCCGCAGAUGGGCUUGUUGUCGCGCCUGUGGAACCUGAACACGCGCGGCUGCUCGCUCCAGGACCCGCUUAAGUCGAUGAUCGACAGUAAAAAGUACAAAACGAUGGACAUAGUCGGUUAUCUUAAGAGCGUGCUCGAAGACGCGCGGCCCUACGCUCGCAUGAAGCUGAUGAUCGUCGGCGUGCAGGGCAUCGGAAAGACGAGCCUGUUGGAACAGCUGAGGCAGGAAGGUGUCACUAGGCGACGGCCAGAACACUGGGCAAAAAGAAUGGGAAAUAAAAAUAUUAAUGUAAAAACUUCGAGGGGUACAAAUAUGUCUACAGUUGGUGUAGAUAUCGGUGAUUGGAUAUACGAAAAGAAAGUUAAAUCACAUUCACAUGGCCCAGUCAUAUUCCGAACGUGGGACUUUGGAGGACAAAAAGAGUAUUAUGCCACACAUCAGUAUUUCCUUUCAAAAAGAAGUCUAUAUUUAGUCGUUUGGAAAAUCACCGACGGUCAUCGGGGUAUAAACGAAAUCUUACAAUGGUUAGUGAACAUACAAGCUAGAGCACCAAAUUCACCAGUAAUAAUAGUAGGGACGCAUUACGAUGUGGUGCAAGAAUUUAAUCCAAACAUUUCUGAAGAUUAUCAACAAAUCAUCAGAGAUAGGUUCAUAAAUAUCGUAGACGCCGAAAAGUGUGGUCUUCCCCGAGUUCUAGACACCAUAGAAAUCAGCUGUAAAACUAGACACAACGUCAAGUUACUUUGCAACCUCAUAUACGACACAGUAUUCAGUCUUCGACCUCCAGGAAGCAAAGAAUUGUUACUGGAACAAAAAGUACCUGCCACAUAUCUAGCACUUGAAGACGUAGUCAAUUACGUCGCGUCGGAACGUAGGGCGAACGGUUUGGACCCAGUCUUGACUGCGGACCAGUAUCGAAGCAUUGUCACGACGGAAAUGCAACAAAGGUACAACCGCACGUUCAGAGAUUGGGCCGAGUUGCAUCAGGCCACGCUGUUUCUACACGACAACGGGGUUUUAUUACAUUACGACGAUGCCACUUUAAAAGACUUGUAUUUCCUAGAUCCUCAGUGGUUGUGUGACAUGUUGGCACACGUCGUCACCAUCAGGGAGAUCAAUCCGUUCGCCAGGAGUGGCGUCAUGAAGCUGGACGACUUGAAACACAUAUUCAAAACCAGCAGUAUUGGUCCGAUGGACACAAGGGGUUAUAUAGUGAAUCUUUUGAAUAAAUUCGAAGUGGCCCUCACGUGGGACUCACGUACGUUGUUGAUUCCCAGUUUGUUGCCGUCUGAGGAAGAUUUACAGCUUGCGCUGAUGUAUCCCGGCCAGUAUCCACCGCUAAUCAAAGUUAAGGUGCCGCUAAGGUCCCGAGGUUGGGCGGUGCGCAACAAAAAGAUUGCCGUUUCUCCUAAGUCAGUAUUGUAUCGAGAUCCUUCUCAGGGAAAAUUCCAAAUGAGCCUUCCUUCUACCUCAUCCAUUCCUAAUGAACCUCCAGAAGAAAUCGCCCACUAUCAGCUACGAAGUCAACCGACAGAUAAAUCCAUAGCACGCCUUCUUUUGAUGUCGUAUUUUCCGUCUGGAUUCUGGUCCAGAUUAAUUUCCCGAAUUUUAGCCGAUGAUACCAUCAUCGAUAUAAUUCGGUCUUACUUUGUUAUACCAAAAGAUGUGGCACAAGAUAUUCAUUUAGUAAAACUACUAGAUUUGAAGGCAGAAUGGGUUUUGUGGCAGACUGGCUUACAACUAAAGUAUGGUGACAUCACACUAUUUAGGAUGCGGGAAGUAUUACACAAUUCAUCUGCCCAGUACAGACAUUUAAAAUUCCGACUGAAACAAGACGGCAUUUGGUGCGACGUGGACUUGCAAAGUACUUCGGUAUUAGAAAUAUAUUUCCCAGUUGAUUCACUGGUGGUCAAACCCAUCAUUACCGAAAUGGGUGACGCAUCCGAUCUAAAAGUAAAGGACCAACUCGUAAUAAAUAGCACUCCAGAAUGUACCGCCCAGUUACUUGCCUUGGCCGUUGAUCACAUCGACAUCCUGUUGGAAGACUGGUACCCUACAUUGGGAACAAGAUUUGUGCACACUUCCGAAGGCAAAUUUUUGAUAACUCGCCUGGUCCCGUGUCCUCAGUGUCUUGCCAAAUCCAUGGAGUGUGACCAGAGUUUGAACCCAAUUGACUUUAGUCAGCCUAAAAAUCUAAUGGAAGAGAUGCAACAAGCUGAACAGGAGGGCGGCUAUCACAAUCAGCACCAUAAUCGUGUCAGAAAAUCCCAAGAAUCGUAUACUUCGGAAUGUGACAGCGGAGUUGGACCAGAUUCGUCGUGCUCCAGCCGUAUGCCGUCAAUGGAGGGCCAUCCAGGGGUGCAGACAGACGAACAACCAUCCAACGUGUCGUACUCUUGGAUGGUGGAGGAGUGCAUUUUAGCCGCGUACGGAAGCAAAACUGUUAAUUGUCCUACACACGACGACAUACCUUUAUCUAGAGUAGCACCUGAUGCUAUAUUCAUGGACUUGGGAGAGAGGUACAUUAUAAAACCAGAAAACAUUAAAAAAGGUCGAUUAUUGGGCCGAGGUGCUUUUGGCUUUGUAUUCAAAGGUACAUGCAAAGUUAGAGGUUCAAAUAACAUGAUAGAUGUGGCGAUGAAGAUGUUACAACCAGUCCAACCUGGACCGAAUGCUCGCCAAUCUGCCGCCAUCGCCUAUAAAGCUGCACAGGGUAAAUGGGACCGAGAUCCCUUACAGUACGCGUGUAAAGCAUACUGCACCGCCAGACAAGAACUGAACAUCUUAUUGUCUUUGCGUCACCCCAACAUUGUCCCAUUUGUUGGAGUUUGCACUAGUCCUUUGGCUUUAGUGUUGGAUUUGGCGCCACAAGGUGCUUUAGAUCUGGUUCUAAGACAUUACAGGAGGUCUGGAGCCAAGGUUGGACCUUACACAUUACAGGCCAUAAUCUUACAGGUUGCCAAAGCCAUAGAGUAUUUGCACCGACAACAUAUUAUAUAUAGAGACCUGAAAUCUGAGAAUGUGUUGGUUUGGGAGAUGCCUCCACCUUUUGUAGACCAUCCGGACCAUCCCGUUCAUAUUAAGGUUGCAGAUUAUGGAAUUAGUAGGUUAACUUUACCUUCGGGUACGAAAGGUUUUGGUGGUACUGAAGGGUUCAUGGCCCCGGAAAUAAUGAGAUACAACGGCGAAGAAGAGUACACAGAGAAGGUCGACUGCUUCUCUUUUGGAAUGUUUAUAUAUGAGUUGUUGACUUUACAUCAGCCUUUUGAAGGCCAUGAAUCCGUAAAAGAGUGCAUACUUGAAGGUGGAAGACCACCGCUGACAUACAGAGAGACUUUAUAUCCGAGCUACUUCCUAGACCUGAUGGUGUUGUGCUGGUCUCAACAACCUAAGGACCGCCCUUCAGCAAGCCAAAUAGUUUCAAUAGCCAGUGCUCCAGAAUUCACCCAUUUAAGCGACGUGAUUUCUUUGAAACAUCAAGCCCCGGUUGUGGCUUCAACAAGUGCAGCUCUUACACACAUAACCGAAGACGGUUUGUCUGGAUCGGAAAUGUGGCUGAUGUGUGCUAAUUCAAGAAUUGAUUUGCUCCUGGCCGCAGACAGAGGUUGGUUGCAGUACCACACCAUGCCUCUGCCUAUCAGACCGACAGCCGCUUGUACAGUGGGCAAUGCUGUAUGGAUUGGAGACUACGCGGGAAACCUCCAUGCCUAUUCGGCUAGUGACGGUUAUAAGUUAUUUACUUAUUCGUUGGAGUCAGAGGUUAAUGUUCAAGUAGAAGCGCUGUUGUACUUAGCAAACCUUAAAAGAGUGGCUUGUGCUCUAUCGAACGGCAGACUGUUCCUUGUCAAUUCAGAAUUUUAUCCCUCAACUCCUACUGCUGCAGAAGGCUCGUUCGUUAUGACAGAGCUGGGAUCUCAGUCGUCUAUCAAUUGCUUGUGUGCAGCUUCAUUAGAAAAUUCUAGUGCUUGUGAAUUGUGGUGCGGCGAAUCAAAUGGGCAAAUAUCUAUUUACACAAUAAAAGACCAAGUUGUUGCUGGACAAGAAGUUUUAAAUCAUUAUCAACCAGUGAUUGAAAAAGUAGAUGUUAUGAACUUGGUUGCAGUGGAUAAUUGCGUCUAUUCCUACGUCCAUCCAGGCUGUAUUGUUUACCAGUGGGAUCAAAAAUCCAGGACCAUCGUAAACAAACUAGACUGUUCUAAAUUGGUACCUUGUUCUGAGAGUCUUAAAUCAAUUGCUAUUGAGGAACAUUUAAGUCCAACAAAUUGCCAGGUGACAAGCUUGGUUAUUCUAAAUACCGAUUUGUACAUUGGCACUACUUGGGGCUGUGUGAUUAUAGCUGAAAGAAGUACACUUCGCCCCGUCACGAUUUUCAGACCAUAUGAAGAAGAAGUUAGAGCGAUUGUGCCUUUGGCGCAGUGCAAAAAUGUUAGUGGCAGACAAGAGAACACACCAUUAAUAGCCACAAUAGGAAGAGGCUACCGAAAUUUAUUGUCGAGAUAUACCGAUGUCACCGUUAAUAUUGGUACCCCAUUACCAAGCCCAAUGGGUGGCACAUCAUAUACUUCAACUAAACCUAACAUGUUCGUUUUAUUGUGGAGAGCUGAGCAUUGGAAUGCUACAUAGAUUGCCUUUUUAGUUUAGUUAAUUUUAAUUCAUUCCAUAAAAAGUGAUACUAGCUGAGAUCUGAUUUUAAAUUAAUUUAUUUUGGUAUUUUAUUUUUUUAUAAUUGUGACUGUAAUUUUUUAGACUGUGAUUUCUUCUCGUCAUUUGUUUUAAUUGUUGUUUAUAUACUCAUGUUUAUAUAAAUAAAUAUAACAAGGUUGAUAAAA